GCGGGCGCGGGCUCACGUGGUGGGGCUGGCGGCCGUUGGCCCCACGGCGGCCGGGAGGGCCCAGGCGGCGGCGGAAACUGUUUAUUCAGCAUAUCCAAAGAUGAAGAGGAAAGUUACAACAGCUGGAAAAUUGAGGCACAGUCCUAAUGAAGAAGCCAUGCUUCUGAAAGAAGAAUAUGAAAGAAGAAGAAAACUGAGGCUACAGCAAGUUAGAGAGCAGCAGAAGUAUAUUGCCUUGCAGAUAAGGCAGAAGGUGAAGCAAAGGAGAGAAGAACAACUGCAUCAGUUAGAGGAGGCACUGAGAGCUCAAUGGCAGAAAGCACAGGAUCAAAAGAUGAAAGCCCUGGAAGAACUGUAUUUAUCAAACUUAAGAGCAAUUGGUGAGGGUCACCGACAGGCCAAGGAGAAUGAACCUGACUUAGAAGCUCUGGCAAAGCAAGCAGAAGAAAGGAAACAAAGAGCAGAGACAAGACACAGAAAAGCUCUGAAAGAACAGAAGUACCAGAAAGAAAAAUUACUUCAUGAGCAAGCCCGACGAACAGAUGCACGUAAACAUGCUCUGGAAGUGGAAAGACAAAGAGCAGCCAAAAUUGCAAGCCUGCCACCCCCUCCACCACAUCCUUUUGAGACAGUGAAAAAGAUUCCUCUGGUGAAGCCCUGUGGUGCUGGCAACUUUUCUGUUACACGUUACCAUAUUUCUGGACCUUAUGUGGACAGAGAAGUGGAUGAAGAGCAGCCAGAUGCUCAUUUAGCUGCUGAAGAAGAAGGGAAACGUUUGGAGGAACUACACAGGGAGGCAGAGAGGGAGCGAAGAGAGCAGCUUGAAAAGGCUCAUCUUAGAGGAAGUCAUGCCUUGAGGAAGGUCCACUUGGCCAAGGACAGGAAAAGGCUACUGGAAGAACUGGAACAAAUGCAGAGUAUGGAUCGCAUGCGCAGAAGGCAGGUUGUCGCACAGAUGCCACCUCAGCUUUUAGUGCCAGCAUACAAACGUAUGGAAAUAAAAGAAGAAUGGCAGAGAGAACUGGAGUUUGCAUUUGAAGAAAUGUACAGUGAAGACAGGAACAUGAAAGGAGACCUGAUUUUGCGUUUUGAGCCACAACCUUUGCCACCCCCUUCUGACAGAGCUCAAGAUAAUGAUCUUGAUAUCUCUUUGGAGCAAGAAUCUGCUUGUCACAGUCAACCAGAGCCUGCUUGUGAUAUUCAACGAGAAUCAGAGCAUGUAAUAGAAGAGGAGGUCCCUAGUGAAUCAGAAAAUCAAGAAGAGGCAAAAACUUGCCAACCUCGGUCAAAACAUGCUUUAAAGAAAUUGCUGAACAAGAUUAGAAGCCAAAAAGAGGAAUGGACAUCAAAAUGUGAGAAGGAGAAUCAAAGUGAAUUUGAGACUAUCGAAUCAGGCACAAUUGCUAGUGAAGAGAGACCAUUACAUGAUUUAGAACUUGACAGUGAGCAACAGAAAAAUACAGUAUGUAAAGCCAAAGACUCUGUGUUGGAAAAUAUAGUUGCAGAUGAAAAUUCAGUUCUAACUCAUCCUCAAGAACAAGCAGCUAAAAUCAGAAUGGAAGAGGCAGCUAAAAUCAGAAUGGAAGAGGCAGCUAAAAUUAGAAUGGAAGAGGAGAGACGGAAGUGGAAUGAGGAAAUAGAGCAACAGAAACAGGAGCAGCUGGCCUUGCUUAAGCAAAUUGAAGAAGAGAAAGCACGCUUGGAGGCCGAUUUUCUGAAGAUCCAAAUGCAAUCCUGCUUGGAGGAAGCUAAGAAAAAAAAAGAAGAGGAAGAGCAAGGUCAGCUGGUACAAAGCCACAGUCUUCCUUCUACAGAUCAGCAAAACCAAGUGGAACAUGAGACUGGAAAUACUACUGUAUCAGAAAUUAGGAGUUCUAGAGAAGACAACCAUUUACAGAUGAUUCGUAAUUUUCAGCAACGCCUUCUACAGCAAAAUAGGCUGCACAACCAGACUGUUGAAGAAGCUAGAAGGCAUCUGCAGGAAUAUCAGAAUACACUGAAGCACAGAUACUUGUCUCCUUCUGCAACACCUUCGAGCUCAAUGGAAACAAAACCAAUUAAUUUAAAGCCUGUCUCAGAACCACUCCUACAGAGGCAAAGAGUGCCACCAACACAAUACCAGGCAUUGGAACAAGUUAAUGCCCAAGAAUAUGCACAGUCAUUACCAGCACUUUCAGGAACAUUGCAUGUGUCAGAAAAACCAUCUUCACUGAAACAGGAAGUGCAUAAUACUUGUCCUGGCAAACCUGUGCAGUUUUCAGAAGCAUCGAAAUUGAAGCACGGAGAGUUUCGCUUGCCACGUUACUGCCCUUCACAGGAACAAGUGGGAAUGUUCGAAACCUCCAAUAAUCGCCUCACAGAACCAUCUCAGUUCCCGUUGCCUCCAGGGUCAGUCACGAACGAUGGCAGUGCAAUCAGAACGCAACAUGUUAGAUUUUUGUUGCCUGCAGAAGGUUCCUCUGAGUCUUCAGAAACAGUACCCUUUAAAGAGUCUUCUCAGAAGAUAUCUUACCAUCAAACAGAGGUAGAAGCUGGAGAAAAGCCUCCACUUAAGGUACCCCUCAUACCAACAACAAAGGGAUCUUGUAUAGUUAAGACAGCCUCAGCUGAUUCUUUGGCCUAUCAGCAGGGAUCUGUAGAGAGCACCAGCAAAACAAGCCCUGAACAACCCCUCAGUCUUUCUGAACCCAUGACUUUAGUGCAUGAUGAAUCUAAAGCCCAAGGUGUUGAGGAAUUCUUGAUACCAAAAUCAGGAGAUGCAUCUUUGUUAAAUUAUUCUGGUAUAUUGAAUUUAAGGGACAGAGUGUUGGCGUCAUCAGAAAGCAUCCAAGCUCAGCAAAAGUAUUUGAAAGACUUGCAAGAGAAGCUAAAUGCACAAAGAGAAGCUCUUCUUUCUAGGCAGAAAAUACAAGAACAACUACUUUUACAGAAGCAAGAUGAAUUGAAGGAACAGAUGCAGAGACAGCAAGAGGCUUUGAAAGAAUUUUUGAACAAGCAGGUGAGACAUAUAUGCCCAAGUGAAGAAAUGACAGAGGCACAAAAGCCUGACUGGAUUAAUAGAACUGACUUUUUCCAAGUCUCAGAAAACUACCAGCAAGAAAAUGGCAGCAGGAGUAAAUUUCAUGGAAGUGAAAUGAUUUCGCAGUGCAAUGGUCCAGUUGAGCAAACUGAACAGUCUGAGAAGAUUCUCUGUAGAGAACAGAAAUGGAGAUCUUCCAAACCACCUGUGACAAAGGUCAAGUUAGGGCUUGGUUUGGAACAACAUGAACUUAGUAUUAUACCAGAGAUAGACACACCGAAGAGUUGCAACCUUUCUUUUGCAGAUAAAGCAGAUUCUGGUGGUGGAGAACCUUCCCCCAUUUCAACUGUUGGGGAGUUUGCUUGCCUGAAAUGCUGCAGUCCCACCCUUUGUGAGGGCAGUUUACCCUCGAGUAUAACAAACUAUGAAGAACAAACAUCUAAUGGAAGUCCAAGGCAAACUAAACCAUCAGGGAGAUUAUUACAAGAGUUGCUAAUGAUGGCAGCUGAAACUUCGUAUGAUUCAGCCCAGUCCCAGGAUUCUCAAGUGUCUCAAGAUUCACCAGUGCUUGCUGCUGAAGUUGGAGAGGGAGUUACAGCAUGUUCUGGACCAUCAUUCAGACUUGCUAAUACGGAAGUACUAGUUUCAGAGGCUUUCAUGCAAGGAAUACCCUGUGAUUUAACUUCAACAAUUUCCACUGGGAGCUUUUCAACUAGUGAAAUGUUGGAUGCAAGCCCUGUUGGCCCUGGAUUGUCUUCUAAUGGUACAGAAGGUGGAAUUUUGAGAGAAACAGCAAGCCAUCCUUGGAACUCCUCGCUGUCUUUUACCUUGCAACAGAGGCAAGAGAAUUUGUCUGGAGCAUCUGAAACUCCACUGCCUGAAGGAGAGAUGCACCUCUAUAAAGAAAGUCAGACACAGCAGAUCUUGGGGAGACAUACUGGGAACUUGAACUCUUACUCAGAUGACAACACCUGUUUCCAAGCUCUAGCAGCUGAGCUUUGUUUUCCAGAAAGAGAGGGACCUUUUCCAAACUUCCAUCACCAUCUCUUUCAACCUUUGGAACCAAGUGUUGACUUUGAUACGUCAUCAUCAUGUUCUCAAUACGAAAUUUCACAAGACAGUAGAGAAUUUAGCAAGACUUCAAAAUUUUCAGCAGAAAGUCCAGACAUGCUUACAUUUCUAGAAGUGGGAAACUCUGGUCUGAAUGUGCAAAGCAGCAGUCUGCCUUCUCAUCUUGAAGCAAACAGGCAAAACAACAUUCCAUCAGAAGAGUCCAUUACAGAAAACCUUAUUCCAGGAUCUGAAGAAUCUUUUCAGCCACUUCAAUUAGAAUCUGCACUAAGUGAUACCUCUCAGAAUACGGAUCAGCCAGUGGAUCAUAAUGCUGCGUUACAGACAUCUUUUGAGCAAGCCCCUGGAAUUGAAGACAGGGGCCAUGAGAACUGUGUUUCACCUGCAAGAGAAUAUGAAGAACUGUCAAGAAGUGUGGAAGGUAUUAGUCUCCAGUGUUCAGUGGAAGGUCUGCGAAAUGAAAGUCUGAUUCCACUGGAAGAGCAGAAAUCAUUUUAUCAAGUAGAUACCACACCAGUUACAGUGGAGGAAAUUUAUUCUCCACACUUACUAAAAGAGACUGUGUCUUUGGAAAAAUUACCUUUGGAGGAAUUUGAUAAGAAGUAUGUGAAGCUUCCUGAAAAAUCCGUUCCUGUACGUGAAGUAAAUAAUGCUGAGGAGCUGGAUUCUCAGUGCAAUAUGAACAUAAAGGAGCCAGAGCAAAGCUUUCCAGAAGGACAGGAAUGUUUGAGGGUUCUCAGAGAAACCAGCUUGGAAGACUCAGACAUCCAUUUGCAUGCUGUUGUACAACAAAACAGUUCUUUCCUGGAAAGACAUGGAAAACAUUCUCGUUCUGUGCCCAGAAGCUCAUGUUGUAUUCCAGUCUGGGAGACUGAAUCAGGGCGUGGUAUUAUGGAAGAACCAGAACUCACUCUGAUAAGCUCAAAUGACAUCAGUAUUGCAGAAUCAGACAUUGGACAUAUUAACCAAGAGAAAAUUGAGGAUAAAAUCGAUAACCUGGCACGUGUGGAUCAGUCGGAAUGUAAUGAUUUUACUGAGGAGAGAGAACUUUUACCACUAGCUCCAGGUGCAGAUUAUUCGGUGUUCACAAGGCCUGACAGCUCUCCCAAAGCCCAGAGUCCCAACAACAGUCACUGUCCGUCGCAUCGGACUGCAGUAAUGCUGCUGGAGUUUGCAGCUACAUCUGGAAGUUUGCAAAAAUCUUUUUUUGAAAAAAAGCAGAACUUCAUCCAGGAAUCUCUGAAAAGAGUAGAAGAAAUAAAAACUAGAGAGAGAGAAAAUAAAAAGCCAGAAGCCAGAAAGCUUCGAAGAGGAAAGUCUGAGGAGUUAAGAAGCAGACAAAAGGAGUUUCAUUCUCUCUCUGGAAAAAACGGUGCAGUUGCCAGUCAGUUGAAAAAAGUAGGAGAAGUGAGAGUAUCUUCUCCAGAGGACAGGAAGGCUGGAGAAAUUGAAAUGCACCAGCGUACAUCCAGACUUUAUAAUCAACUUGAAGAAGUAAAAAUCAGAAAGGAAGAAAAAACAAGGCAAGAAACUUAUGCUAAAAACAGAGAAAAAGCUAAAGAGUUUCAAAAGAAAAUGCUGGAAAAACUACGAGCCAAGAGGUCUUGGAAAGCACUGUGACAGGCAGCAGACUUUGAGCAACAGCCUCACUAUGGUAUUGGUACAACCCAGACUUAAUGGUUAACUGUAAAGCCAUUAGGAAUCCUCAGCUUUAAGCUGCAGGAAAACAGUGAGUAGCCCAAAACCCCUGUACUACCCUCCUGUUUAGGGAGAUCACUACAGAAGCAGACGGUGUGCUGCUUUUCAGCAUGGUUUGUCUCAGAG